GUCAUGGUGUCUGCGGAGCUUGUGCUGGCCGGCGUUGUCGUGGCGCUGCUGUUGUACCUGGUCAAGGCGGCCUAUUCCAGGCCGCACAACUUCCCUCCAGGUCCGCCUGCCCUUCCGAUAUGGGGCACCUACCCCCUGCUGCUCCUGGAGAACUACAAGUUCCCUUACCGCGUGCUGGACGCCAUGACUCGUCGCUACAAGUCCAAGGUGAUCGGCUUCCACUUCGGCAGCUACCCGACGGUGGCCGCCUGUGACCGCCAGAGCGUCAAGGAGAUGCUCAGCAACCCGUACAUGCAGGGCCGGGUGAUCAACGUACUGGGCGUCGUGAGAAACUACCACAAGGACCUCGGCAUCUUCCUGUCGGAGGGCCCGCAGUGGCUGGAGCAGCGGCGCCUCACCCUGAGACACAUGCGAGACUUCGGCUUCGGCCGCCGCUCUGGACGACUGGAGGCGGAGAUCGAGGCAGAGCUGAGGGACUUGCUGGAGCUCAUCCAAGGCGAUCGGGAGGACGAGGCGGUGGCCCGGCUAUCGCCAGCAGGCGACGGCUCGCGUCGUGUUCUGCUGCCCGAAGCGCUGUUCCCCACUUUCAUCAACUCCAUCUUGGCGGUGUACACGGGGGCCAGGCUGCCACGCUCCGCAGACGAGAUGGCUCGUCGCCUGGGCGAGGCUGGCAUCAGGUUCCAGCGGCACGGAGACACGACGGGGGGCUUCCUCACCAUCCACUCGUGGCUGUCCAGAGUGGCGCCUGUGCUGUCCGGAUACCGGGACGGACUGGAGGGCUCUCUCCAGAUGAGGACCUUCCUGGAGAAACUGAUCGAGGACCACAAGAAUACCUACGAAGACGGCUACGAGCGUGGCUUCAUUGACACCUACCUCAGGGAGAUCAAGCAACGAGAGCACACGGGAGAACCGACACCAUUCACCACGGAGCAGCUGGCCAUAAUCCUGCUGGACAUGUUCUUCCCGAGCGCGACCGCGCUCACCUCUGCAGUGACCUGGGCCCUGAUCUACGCGGCCCACCAUCCGUCGGUGAUGCGGCGAGUGCAGCAGGAGCUGGACUCCGUGGUGGGCCACGGCAGGGCGCCUACUCUGGACGACAGGCCACACCUGCCGUACACCGAGGCCACGCUGAGGGAGGUGAUGCGGAUCAACACCCCCGCACCCAUCAGCGUCCCGCACAAGGUGACGGAGGACACCUCGCUGCAGGGCUACUCCCUGCCAAAGGGCAGUGUGGUCAUAACAUGCCUGUGGAGCAUGCAUAUGGACAAGGACGUGUGGGAGGACCCGGAGAACUUCAGACCAGAGAGGUUUCUGGACGAGAACGGACAGCUCAGCAGGAAAGACUUCAGCUUGCCGUUUGGUGCUGGCAAGCGGCUGUGUGCGGGCGAGACGUUCGCCCGCCAGAACAUGUUCCUGGCGUUCAGCACGCUACUGCAGAGCUUCAGCCUCACAGCUGACGGCGUGCCGCCUCUGGGCUGCAACAUCCCAGGCAACGUGGAGACUCAGCCCUCCUUCUGGGCGCGCUUUGAAGCUCGCUGAAAAACAGAUCAAGUACACGGCUCUACACGGCUGGCUCUAUUCGCAUUGGAAAACGCGGUCGAAUGCGGGGAAAAUAUUACAAAACCUUUACACUCAAUGUAAUAUAACUGUUGAAGUUGAGUAGUAUUGGAGAACACGAUUCCCCAUUAGUGAAUAACCCAAUACUACGUGUAUUUUUUCGCACUUACAUCAAUGCGCAAA